AUGCAGCCAACGAAUCAAGUUUGUGAAAUAUGCCCCACGGCAUCAAAUGUGCGUCCUCACUACCCAACCUUCUACCCCCGCACCAGAUACGAGGUGAAUUUCGAGCCGCAGUCGGGCAUCAUCAACGACCUCUACCAAGGGUACGUGCGGACCCCCGCGGGGCAGUGGGCGACCGUGUCCCUCCCCCUGAACCGCCUUCUGCUGACGGGACAGGGCCAGAUCCGCGACAUCCAGAGGAAGUGGGACAUGGGGAUGGAGCUCAAUUCGAUCGGAUUCACCAUCGCAGACGGGGUCGGCGGACCGUUCCGCUUGGACGUAGCGUGGGUGGCGCUGGUGUCAGAGGUGGAUGAAGGCAAGGACGACGGGGACGCGCCCAGAAAAAAACCGCUUCCACCAAAGGACGGGGUUAUGUCGUGGUAGAGGAAUCCGGCCAACUCCAAUU